AUGUCGACCGAAUCAAAGAGGCAAUGGAUGCAGAGCUGUGAGGGGAAAAUACGCGUGGGCCCGGAGUAUCAAGCAAUGAUCCCGCCCUUUUACAAGUCAAACGUCCAACAAUCGCAAAACAGAAACGGCCAAAACACAGCGAACGGCACUGCAAGCGACGCCAAUAACACACUUACAGCAGGCGUGGCUGCCAGGACCACAAACUCGGACGGGAGGCUGUACAACGUGGCCGCGACCCUUGACCCCAACCUGAACACCAGCAAUUUUCUCGACGACGAGGACGAAGAAUUCAUAAAGUCGUACGAGAGCAUAGACGAGGAGCCCUUCGACCUGGACAUAUCAAACCACUUGCGGUUCCCGGAGGGCGGCGACAACGCGAGUUUCCUAUACGACCUCAAGGGACACGAUGGUCUAAAAGGCCACGACGACCUAAAGGACUGCCAAUAG